CUUCUUCCGUGAACCCUCAAAAAUCAAAGCAAACAUUAUUUCUCUCUCAAUCACCAUUAAUUAAUUAAUGGCUGCUGGUAAAGGUGUGAAGCUUUAUGGAAUGUGGGCAAGUCCUGCAGUUCGUAGGGUGGAAUGGGCUCUGAAGAAGAAGGGGAUUAAGUAUGAGUACAUUGAAGAGGAUCUUUCCAACAAGAGUUUUGAGCUUCUUCAGUAUAAUCCCAUCACUAAACAAGUCCCUGUUUUAGUGCAUGAUGGAAAGCCAGUCAUGGAGUCACUUGUGAUUCUUGAAUACAUUGAUGAGGUCUGGAAGGGUAACCCUAUUUUGCCUAAGGAUGCUUAUGAGCGUGCUAAGGCUCAGUUUUGGGCCUCAUUUUCAGAGGACAAGUGUAGAGAUGCAGUUAGGAAAGUUUACUUUGCGGAAGAAGAGGACACAAAAAUGAAAGCAAUCGAACAUUUAAUGGAGAUAAUAAGAGUGAUAGAUCAAGAACUCAAAGGCAAGAAGUUCUUUGGAGGAGAAUCCAUUGGCUAUUUGGACCUAGUGUUUGGCUGGAUGGCAUUCUGGUUGGGCAUAGCUGAAGAAGUGGCAAGUUUUAAAGUGGUGGAUUCCAAGAAGUUCCCCAACUUCACUUCAUGGAUCAAUAACUUCAUCAAUGAUCCUUUAAUUAGAGGGAACCUUCCUCCUAGAGACAAAACAUUGGAGUUUUUCAGAAAUUUCAGAAAACUCCAUCUUGCUUCUUGUAAGUGACUGAUCACAAAGCUGGCUAUUAUGAGUCUAAUAUGUUACAUGUAUAUCUUGUGCCCCACUUCAAAUAUAAGGCAAUGUGGCAUUUCUUUUUGUGUAAUUUUGGUGGGAAUAAGAAUGUGAUGCCUUUGUUUUAUUAUUU